CUGGCUGCAGGCCACACCACACCGACCCCGCGCCAAGCUGCCUAGAACUACUAUGGCAUCCGUCGCCCGCACAUACACAACACACCAUGAUUGGAAGUACUUUAACUGUUUCCGGAGCUUUGGUCAGGGUAUGGUGUUAGGAAAAGGAAAAAAAAAAAAAAUCAGCUAAACCAACCUACUGGUAACUAUACGGUAGCUUGGACCGUUUCUCUCUCGAUUUGGCUACGGUCAGCUACUCCCUCUUAACCCCCCAUUCAUGCCCCCAUCAGCCAACGAUGUUGCACCCUGUCAUCAUCUUUUCGUCUCUGUAUAAGUCGUUUGUUCCGUCUUCGUCAGACCCUUCAUCUCUCUCACGGUCCUUCUGACACCUCUCCACACACGGGAACGGGUUCCACACACUCAACCACAGUUUGCCUUUUUUUUUUUGCAUAUUGAUUCGUUGGGCUUGGCUACUUGAAAACAGGGGUGCUUCUCCAACGCAAAGGCAAAGACGGCCUACUAUUCUUCAGCAAGCAUCCAGCCACAAGAUAUAGACAGGCGCACCUUUCAAAAGAUGCUUCAGUUUUACGCAACAAUAUCUUGACAGCUCCCCCCUAUCUGUCUCUCUUUCCAGUCGACAUAUCCACCUCCUUUCUUCCGACGGUCUGACAGGAGGUGUUCUGUAACAUAAUACAAGACCAUUUACGACACCCGCUAUCAGCAUCAACCUUAUCUGUUGACUAACCUCAUUGUCACUCGGCGACUCUAAAUAAUUUUCAAAAAAUCUAUCCUAGAGACUUGACGUUCUGAAUGCCGACACUACUUAGCAUUCGACAUAACAUUUCUCGCAAACAGCUCAAAUCUUUUCUGUCACCGAUUUGGCCUUCAGAGCGGGAUCACACUUUCCAAAAUGUCGGGGACUGCAAUAGAUGCUGUGCGGCUGGAUCAGCUCAACCAGUAUUCUAUCAUUGAGCGUGUCUGCUCAGUUCUAUCACUGCUUGGAAGCGUCUUCAUCAUCGCAACUUUUUGCUACUCCAACAUGUUCCACAAGCCCAUAAACAGGCUGGUUUUCUUUGCUUCCUUUGGCAAUAUGAUGACCAAUGUUGGAACGUUAAUGGCGAGAUCGUAUGUUGGCGAUCCUGACGGCCCCGGCUGCCAGUUCCAAGGCUUUCUGAUUCAAAUGUUCUUACCGGCGGACACCCUCUGGACACUGGCCAUGGCUGUUAAUGUUUACUUGACCUUCUAUCACAAGUUUGACGCCGUUAAGCUCCGCAAGAUGGAGAUCCCUUACCUCCUCAUCUGCUAUGGGUUGCCUUUCGCUAUUGCCCUGACCUACAUUUUCAUACAAUCGCCAGGACGUGGGCGCAUGUAUGGAGAUGCGACGCUGUGGUGCUGGAUCAGCCCUCGUUGGGACAUAUGGCGCUUGACUACGUUUUAUGGUCCCAUCUGGCUCAUUAUCCUCAUCACCUUCUUCAUCUAUAUCCGUGCCGGUGGUGAGAUCUACCGCAAGCAUCAACAGCUUCGCAACUUUCACUCAAGCACGCGCAGUCAUCACGAGCCCGAACCUCUACCGCCGAUGGACGAUCCCCUGAUUUCUAGCAAGACCACCGAGGUCUCCAUCACUUCAGAGGCGGUACUGCCUGUGGUACCAGGGGCUAUCGAUCUCGCACCACUGGGUAGGCGCGCGUCAGAUAACGUCCAACAACCUCCCCCUAUUCCCGGACCGGCGUACUCGGUGCAGAUCUCGUCGAGCGGAACGAACACCAACGACCGGAGGCCGUCCCAUCAGCCAGAUCUGACCAUCCAACCCACACGUGCCACCUUGACACGCAGCACCACCAGAGUGGGGGCAGUUCAACAGCGCUCGCGGCAAAACCAGGACGCCACCAAUGCUGCGUGGUCAUACACAAAGUGCGCGCUGCUCUUCUUCACGGCCAUGCUGGUGACGUGGAUCCCGUCCUCGGCCAACCGCGUCUACUCUGUCAUCCACGCCAACCAAGUCAACCUGACGCUCGAGUACAUGAGCGCCUUUGUGCUGCCGCUCCAAGGAUUUUGGAAUGCCGUCAUCUACAUGGUGACGAGUUGGAAGGCGUGCAAGCUGGUGUUUCACGACAUUUUCCUGUCAAGAAUGCCGGUCACGGAGCUGAUCGACUACAGGUCGUCCAUCAUCCGUCGGCGCCAGCAAAACUCUAACAAUCAUCAUGCCCAAGCCGCGGGCGCCGGGAGCGGGGCGGCCGGAUCGAGCCACUCGCGCAAGGAAUCAGGAUCCGCAGGAAGGAUGACGCCUCAACCGUCAGACAAGAAUUACGAGAACGAGAGCAUGACGGACUUGGGGAGCAGACCUUCGUUGCAGGAGCCGGGGCAAGAGAGGAGACCUCACCGCGGUGUUUGAGUCGAGUUGCAAUGCCCUAGGUUGCUCUUUUUUUGGUGCUAGGGGUAAUGAGAAAAAAAGGGAAAAUGGUGGUUGUUUUGCUUUGUUUGUCUUUUGAGAUACCAGGCCUUAUGACGAAUGUCUUAGAAACGCGUAUUUCUCGCUGGGCGUUGGAGGGAAAUUUUGGCUUGAUGACGAAUGCACGAUGUAUCUAAUACUUGAUUUACAUGUAUCUAAUACCCCCAAAGACCUACGUGCCUCUCUGGAGACAAAUUCUUGAUUUUAAUUUCUUUGUUCAUAGGCUGUGUGAAAG